AUGGCUGGACCCCGAGAAAGGCGAACAUUCGGGACAGAACCCCUGACUCUGGACCAAGCCCAAGUUUACUUGGGCUCCGAGGGGGUGCGCCUACACCCAUCUUUGGGCCACAGAGCCAGACAUACCCUGAACCGCAUCAAGGCGGACGAGAUUCUCAGCAAAGAGGAAUACACAGGCCUCAAAGAGGAUGUGAAGCUCCUACAGCAUGGCACACUCGGACACCACAAUGGUGUUGUGGCCACUACUCCUGUUGGCGCCACCCCUCUGCUUGUUCGAGACGCAUUUAAACCUGAUCUCAUCAUCAUUGACGAGGCUGCAAUGAUGGAUGAGGCAUCAAUCUUGAUCCUCAUCGCUCAUUACUCGCCAAAAGCAUGGAUCGUUACCGGAGACAUUGCCCAAAAACCUCCACAUCUCACAAUGGAGCAUGACCUUGAUAUCGGCACUCUUCAGAGCACUGUUGCUACGCUUUUCGCCAUUCUCCGCCACUUCCCCACUCGAUUUCGAUCUUACACCGAAACGCCUGACAAGCCCGAAGAAUUCAUCUGGGGUUUUUCUCAUGAGGACUGGUUCAGGGCUAAUACCGAAAAGGAUAUCCUCGGUGGCAACUGGGAGGACAAGAUGGCUGGUAGCGGCGAGAACCUCGCCAAAAAACUGGACAUCGCCGAGAUCUUUGGUGAUGACAUCGCUGGGGCUUACAGCUAUGACCCCAACACUGGUGAAGUCAACGACCACCUGGGUGUGUUGGCCGAGUACAUCACCUCCGGCGUCUCUUCCGCACUGCGACACGCAAACCCGAGCACUGAUCCGUUUGAAUACGCCAAGGAGCAACGUAUGAGAUCGAAAUUGCCGCCUCCAGUUUACCCGUCUCCCCAAGAGCUGGAACUCUUCCGUGAGAUCCUCCUCAAGAGGGCUCACGUUGCCUACGACAAAUCGCUUCCUCGUGAAGAGUUGGAGACUUUGUACAUUGGUGGUGAGGAUGUGAGUGAUGAAGAGCGGCUAGCGGCUGGACAGCACCGCUUUCAGACUGGAGCCCAGGAUUUGACAUCUUCAGAUGAAGUGGACGCUGAAGGGUCCAGCGAAAGGAAGGAGUUCCUUGGCAUGCAAAACUUGCUGGGCGAAUUCCUACCACCACACGAUCUCGAAAAAGUUUGUGAGAAGCUUGGUUUGCCAAAUUGGCGUAACUUGGAACGUAAUCCCGAACAUGCGCCGGGUAAGAAGCUCAAGCCUAACCAACUCAUUGCGGAUGCUUAUGAUCUCCAUCUCAAGCUGGAAAGCAUUAUGCAUGCCGCUCUCCUGACGAGCGAAUGCGGUAUUAGCAAAACCAACACAAUGUUAGCAUGCCUCCGCAUCUCGACCCAAUUUCGAAUCGACCGAUGGAACUCUGGCCUCUUGUUCCCUGAUGAGGAUGAGAGGGUCUUCAAGCCCACCCUGUAUAUGUGUCCUUCGAGUGUAUUGGACCAAACAUAUCAGGAGAUUGCCGAAUGGUGGGGAGGAUAUUUUCGCAUCUACACUGUCUUCGACCAGCUUGCAAAGGCUCAUAACGAUCCCAUGACCGCAAAGACAAUCUUCCUCUGCCCAUACAAUACCUUCACUCGCCGAUUCUCCACUGACGACGGAGAGGCAGUUGGUGCUAGUAAGGCUUUCAGAUUCAACCGUGAGCCACCCAUCGACGACGGCCAGAACGACCUGGCACCUGAGGAUCUCGAAUUGCAAGCGGAACUUGACGAAGAAGAGGCUGUGCCCUUGAGGAAGCUGGCUCUGAAGGGUGUCCAGCUUUACCGUCUGAUCCUUGAUGAAGGUCACGCUGUGAAGAACGUUCAGUCCACUAUGAACAGACUCCUCCAGCAGCUCGACUAUAAAGCCAUCAUGUUAGCGUCGGCGACCGUCCUGUCCAACCAUGUGAGGGACUUCUAUGGUUAUAUCGAGCUGAUCUGGGAUAAGGAUCUGCCUUUUGACUGGAACUCGUCGACCUCAAUGGCCAAGGCUGACACUUGGUACGACAUUGGUACUUGGAAGAGGCUCACCCAGGGGCAAGACACGGAAGAGAUCGAGUCAGGUCGCAUUUACCGCGACACCGAAGACGAGGACACGGACAAGCCAGUGCCGACCGCUCGCCAGAUCAGGCGUAAUCAAGAGUACACCGAACAUAUCAAGAAGACUGGGGAGCCCAUAUUCCUGAUGAACCCGAAACUCUUUUACAGCUUUUCCAGCGCCUCUCAGCAUUCUCCAGCUUUCGCCCAGACUGCGAUCCGAGCGAUCCUCCGCCUUCUUUGUGUUCGGCGCUCGAUGCUGAGCGUCAUGACACUUCCUGAUGGUACGACAAGCUGGCCUGGUAAGGGCAUCCCGCCCUUGCACUGUAAUGAAGUUGAAUUCAACUUGCCUGUCCUCGCGAGGAACAAGGUGCACGAAGCUAUACGUCGCCUACAUUCGAACCUCACAACUACGGGGCCAAGAAGGAAGACUUUUAAGUCUUCACAUGGUGCACGCGUCAACAAGCCGAAAGCGCAGCUCAAUGGUAACGCCUUGCGACGAAUGUGCCUGGCAUCCACGAACGUCCACAACCUGAAGACGACUUCACCUAUCGUCCGCACGACCAAGCUCCUCAAGGAUGUGACUCUCCGCAAGAUCAUGAGUCACACCAUCAAGGACUCGACUCGGGAGGUCCACGAACAAGAAGAGGAAACCCUUGAUUCUUCCAGACGCGGACGAUCAUAG